UCUCAGUAGUCUUCACAGCACAGUACAGGUCCAACACAGUCUUAUACUUUCUCUUUUACUUUCUUUCUCUUUUCUGGCACACAACACAUCACACCCCAGCAGCAGUUGCAGCAUUGCAGUAGCUGCAGCACUGCUAUGCUGCACCCUCUCACACUCCCAAAAUAUAAUUAAAUUAUGAGAAAUAAUCAUAUUAUUAUUGUACUACAUCUCACUCACUCAUUCACUCAAUCGAAUUGAAUUUCCUUAUUUUAUUUUUCUUUCGGCUCUUUGUAAAACCCCAAUCCGACCCACUCAAACAAAAUUUCAUUUUUACUUGUUGGUUUCUUUUUAAAAAGCUUCCCUUGAUUGAUUUGAUACCAAAAAGCCAUUUUCUUUCAUCUUGGUCUAAUAAAUUAAAAAAAAAAAACAUCUCUCUCUCUCCCAUGUACAUACUAUGACUUUAUUAUAUGAAAAAAAAAAGAGGAGAUGUUAACUUCAACUCCCUCUAAAAUGCAGAAGAUACUUCUCUCUCUGGAUUGGCUACUACUGGGAGUGUGUUAAGUGUUUGAAGAAGAACAAUAAGAAGAGGAAGUAGUAACUAAGUAACUUAGAAAGUACCAUUGUGUUCAGUUAGGGUUUUUUUCGUUUGGAUUCGAUAUGGCGGGUCCGGGUCCGGGUCUGAUUCUGAUCGAUCUCAACACUACCGAGGAGGAUGAAACGCCGUCGUCUGGUUCGACGGCUUCUACGUCCUCUGCUUCUGCAUAUAUAACAAAUACAACGGCUUCGGCUUCGGCUUCUUCAUCGCCUUCUUCAUCUUCUUCUUCCUCAGUGUGCUUGGAGCUAUGGCACGCCUGCGCUGGCCCACUCAUUUCCCUCCCCAAGAAAGGGACCGUCGUAGUUUACUUCCCUCAGGGCCACUUGGAACAGCUCUCUGACUUCCCGGCGUCUCUCUGUGAUUUCCCACCCCACCUCUUCUGCCGCGUUUCGGACGUCAAGCUCCAUGCCGAGGAAGGCACUGAUGAGGUCUACGCACAGGUGUCUCUUUUUCCUGAAAGCGAGAAACUGCGAGAUGGGGAAUUUGAUGCUGAUGGCGAUGAGGAAGAUAUUGAAGCAGUCGUUAAGUCCACAACGCCCCACAUGUUCUGUAAGACCCUUACGGCUUCAGAUACCAGUACUCAUGGAGGUUUCUCUGUUCCUCGUCGAGCUGCUGAGGAUUGCUUUCCUCCACUGGAUUAUAAUCAACAAAGGCCUUCACAAGAGCUAGUUGCAAAGGAUCUCCAUGGCCUGGAAUGGAGGUUUCGCCAUAUCUAUAGAGGGCAACCGCGAAGGCACUUGCUCACAACGGGAUGGAGUGCUUUUGUUAACAAGAAGAAGCUUGUUUCCGGUGAUGCUGUGCUCUUUCUUAGGGGUGAUGACGGAGAACUGAGAUUAGGAAUUCGAAGGGCUGCUCAGGUCAAAGGUUGCGGUAGUUUUCCAACUAUGUUUAGUCAACAACUGAAUUAUAGCUCUAUGAAAGAUGUAGUUAGUGCUAUGUCUACGAGGAGUGCUUUCAACCUCUACUAUAAUCCAAGGGCAAGCUCGUCAGCAUUUAUCAUACCUGUCCGUAAAUUCUUGAGAAGCCUUGAUCAUCCAUUUUCUGUUGGCAUGAGGUUUAAGAUGCGUUUUGAAACAGAAGAUGCAGCAGAGCGAAGAUACACGGGACUAGUAACUGGGAUUGGGGAUAUGGAUCCUGUUAGAUGGCCUGGUUCAAAGUGGAGAUGCCUAGCUGUUAGGUGGGAUGAUAUUGACUCGAAUAGGCAUGGCAGAGUUUCUCCAUGGGAAAUUGAGCCAUCUGGUUCUGUUUCUAGUUCCACUGGCAUGAUGGCACCAGGUCUGAAGAGAACCAGGAUUGGAUUGUCUUCGGGGAAAGCAGAAUUUCCAGUUCCAAAUGGAAUUGGUGCAUCAGACUUCGGGGAGCCAUUGAGGUUCCAGAAGGUCUUGCAAGGUCAAGAAAUUUUGGGUUUUGAUACUCCUUUCGAUGGCGUGGGUGCUCAAUGUCAACAUCCAUCUGAGAGGAGGGGCUUUCCUAGUUUAAACAGUUCUGGGAUUGCUGUAAUGGGUAAUAAUAGUGUUAGACACAUGCGUGUGAAUUCUGACAAUAUUACCCCUGCUCGCAUGGGCUUUGGUGAAUCAUUCCGAUUCCAUAAGGUCUUGCAAGGUCAAGAAAUACAUCCAACCUCACCAUGUGGAAGAGCCCCAGCUACUCAUGAGGAAAGUGAGUACAGUGGCUUUGAAUUCAUGGAUCGUGUUCAGGUGCCAAGCUCUAGAAGUGCAUGGUCAAACGUUAUGCAGAAUAAUACAACACUUGGUCGCACAUCUGCCAAAUCUAUACAAGUAUCUUCACCCUCUUCCGUUUUAAUGUUUCAGCAAGCAAUCAAUCCACUUUCAACUUUCAAUGCCAUUCAAAAUAGUCAUAAUCAGGAGGAGCAGAGAGCUACAAAGCGAAGCUUGUGCACUGCUGAAUCUACUAAUGUUGGAAAUUUAAUGCCAUUCCCGUUGUCUGAUCGUGGCUUCAAUGGUGAAUAUCAUGGGGGAACAAAGUCUGUGUAUCACUCUUCUGAUCGGAAUCCUCAUGGAAUUUCAUGCCCUCUUACAACUCUUCCUGACUUUAGGAGCAGUCAAGAUGUAGUUUCAUCAUGCAAAAGUAGCUGUAGACUUUUUGGUUUCUCAUUGACUGAGGAAAAACAUCUUCCAAGUGAGAAAGGCUCUCCAGUUUCCUCUUCGUUGAAUCCUGGAGUUCCUUUGUUUCCUGAUGUUGGAGGGCAGUUUCAUACAAAACCUCCUUUGAUGACUAAAGCAGUCCGAAGCAAUUGUACCAAAGUAAGCGACCUCUACACUGUCAAAGAUAUGCUUUUCGAUAUUGCGUUGUAGUAGAAAUCUACUGCAUGAUAACGAACUACAGCUUUACAAGUGACAGAGUGUUAAAGAGAGGACCAUUUGAACAUCUAAUUUGCAUGUUCCAAGUGUAUUAUAUAGGAAUGGAUUUUGACUAGUCUAGAGAAAGGUUGGAGUAUUGUUUGGAAGGAUGGCAAGGAUGAUACACAGGGCUCAUCAGACAAAGAUAUAUGGCAGACUUAGGUGGUGCAAUCCAGAAUUAUGAUAUGAUUAAAAGAUGUUACCUUGGGUACCUGACGCUGUCUGUAGUUUGAUCAGAUUGUGUGUGUGUGCACUUAAAUUAAUUUAGGUUUGAAACAAAAAAUUGUAAUUAUACUCCAAGUAACCUGACAGUAACUUUUUUUUUCUUUCUUUUAAGACUUAAGCUAUGAUAAGAACUAGCUCUUAUGUAAUAUCAGGUCCCUAGUGAUUGUCCUUGUUUGCAAGAGGGUCUGUUUUCAACUUAUCUCAAUGCCAUUCAUUCUUUUGAAAUUA